CAGAAUGGCGUCAUUUAUUUCAUGAUUACUUCAUUUUCAUUUUUGAGUAAAUGCGAUUAACCGUGCAGUGGAUAUAAGACAUUUAAGAAGAAUAAUGUUGUAAGUCAAAAUCAAAAACAUCAACAAACCGCCGCAACUUAUUGCAAUGUUCAGUUAUUGUUCAAAUUGUACUUAUUAAUCCAUAUCAGCCGCUUUUUGAUGCUGAUUUAUGGAAUAAAUAAAUCAGCACAGCAUAAAAUGAAGCAAACGGGAAAUAAGAAUGUUGGCUAUCGGGUGGAUAUUUUAAAAUGGAGCGAUCGAAUGGAUUUGUUAGCAGUGGGGAAUGAUAAAGGAGAAGUAAUUUUGCACCGCCUGAAAUGGCAAAAAGUGUGGCAGCUAAGCCCGCCCGAAGAAGGUUUGCGUGUUCGCGCUAUUGCUUGGAGGCCUUUGGAAAAGGUUAUGGCGAUUGCCUACAGUAAUGGAACAGUUCUUUUGAUCAACAUAGAGAACAAAGAGGAAAUCUACAGUUUCAAUGUCAAAUCCGAUAUAACGUGCUUAAGUUGGACGGAAAACACUAGCGAAAUACCCGACAACGAUACUAGCGGCGAUGCAAUAAAUAACCACACUGUCUUUCUUCCUCCGUUACCAAACUUGAACUCAGUCUCGUCAACGGCCAAAUCAGUCGACUACAAUACGGCCAUGUUCUAUUCGAAGCAAAUUCUGAAUCUUCUGGUUCUUGCAACUACGAGUGGAAGAGUUCACCUCUCCGUGUUUGGAAUGUUAGUUUGCUGCGAAAUCGAUAUGUUUGAAAAGCUCAACAUUCGUGACAAAGACGCGGUUAUUAAGGAUGUUAAAAUGAGCUCCGAUUUCAAGCAACUGUUCGUUACAACUCAGCGGGGUUGCGGCGAUAUCGAGUUAUACGUUCUGGAAAAUGAUAUACUGCAAAAAUACUCCACUUCAUUAUUGAACUUGGCCAUCAAACACGCUCAUCUGCUUGGUACUAUGACUUACAUCAAUGAUACAAUCGAAUGUAUCAUUGAAGCGUGGGAAACAGUAUUGCUAGAAAUGGACAAUAAGCUAACCAAAUAUGCUGAUGGAAAAGCAGAAGGUACGAUUUCAGCGGAUUUCUUAGAACUGCUGAUGUUUGGAUGUACUUCCCCCGAUCUGGAGCAAUUUUUGCUUCGUGAUUUAACCGAGAAAGGAUUGAAAAAGUUAGGUAAUAGCAUAGAGUUGAGCUAUUCGACGAUUCAGAAGUUGGUGGUUAAACCAUUACACAUGGCAAUUUGUAGUGUGUUUUAUCAUUUAAACUCACUCCAGGGUAUGAUAAGCAACGUGUUCUACUACAAGCCAAUACUGGGAGAAGUUACGAAUGAGGCAUUGGUCAACUGUGGGGCCUUUUUGAUUAAGGCUUAUGAACUGCAACAGACAAUCGACACCUCAACGAGGGAUUUUAAAAUAUUUUUCCGUUGGUUGUAUAUCGUAAUUGUUCGUCUGAUGGAUGAAACUUUACCGGAAGACAGUCCGUCUGUGACGCAGCAAGAGAUUAACUACUUGGCCGAGUUUCUUGAUAAUUUCGAUGUCACUCAAAACGCAGAUUUUAGCGAAAUUGGAGAUAACUUUGCUAACGAUGAUAAAAAGCGGAAAUUCAAUCUAGAACGUGUUGGUCAAUACUUGGAAGACAAAGUACUUCCAUAUCCAUCCAAAGCCGACGCUUCGAAUCAAUGGGCAAAGCUGCUGGAGCAAAACGAAUGUCUUAAAUCGUGCCAACUGAUAUAUCCCCAUCAUGACAACUACUCGUUAGUUCAACAACAUAACCUGCUUAAAGCCAGCAUCGAUAAAAUCUUCGAAAAUCCUAUCGCCAUUAUCGGUAAAGAUUUCAAGCAGAGAAGUUUUCUUCGGGUACCGAACAACAAAGGCACUGACUUUCAGCGACAAACUGUCACAAGUAUGAGUGAAAGAACUGGACAAGUUACUUUUUUCGGUCUGCUUGAAUCAGAAACCAAUCUCGUCAUAACGGAAUGCAAUUCUUCGUCAAUGCUUCGCUCUGUCCAAUUUUGCUUCGGAGAGAAACCCUAUUUCGAAACACGCAUCACCGCUCUAGGUGAUCUAAGCUUCAGGCACAUUCAAUUCUACGACGAACAAGUCUUGUCCAUACUUUUACGUGGCCAAACGGGGGACGGUCGCACCAGCAGUUAUUUCCUGCAGUUGACUUUGCAAAAAGUGAAAGAACUGCUUGACACGGUUGCCUUCACUAACAAUCAUAUCCUCGUUCCGCACAGCACCAGCUGUCGAACGAUAAACGCUUACACGCUACUAGAGGAAGGCUCCAUUAAAACUGUGGAUGGAUUGGAUGCCGCGUUGAUCGCCGUUUCUGGCACCAGAAAUGUCGCCGCAGUGGUUUCGGAGUCCCUGAAGACGAUCCGUAUCUACGAUAUGGAUGCUCCCGAGGAGGAUGACGAUGUGAUGAGCACAUCGCUAAACAACAGCAGCUUAGAUAAUAGUAAGGAUUCGAUACAAACGUAAUGAAAAAAUAAAAAAAAUAAUUGAGACGAA